AUGGUGCUGGAUACAUCAUGGUUACAUGAAACACUCACACAAGGACAUCAAGGGGUAAUCUCAAUCCAUUACAUAGCGCUAUGCACAGGGAUUGUUAACUGGCUACUAAAUGGAAUAAUUUGGUAUUCUUUCUCACAAACCCCUUCAUUACUUAUCAAAUCACAUUUAUACCUCUUUUACGCAUUUGCAGUUACAAACAGUUUCACAGGGUUUUUUACGGUUCCUACCUACAUCAAUCUUAUAAUUCAUAAUAAUCUUAAUUGUCCCAGAUGGACCAUUUUGAUAGGAUCAACUUUUGAAAUCGCCUUAGAUCGUAUAAGAUCGUUGCUAUCUCUGUCAAUUGCUAUUGAGCGCAUUCAUGCAUUAGUUAGACCAGGAGAUUACUAUUUCUUAGAUCAUCGUAAAGUUGCAAUGAGAGUUUGUCUAGUUGCUCUUAUUUGGGGAAUUAUUGAUGCGAUAUGGAUGGUUUGCGAAGAUGGACUUCAAGUUAUUCGAAUUCAUUGUGUAACUACAGCUUCUUCUGGACCCAUAUUUCACAUGUAUUUUUUGCUUUCUUCCAUCUUCUUUGGAAUUCUGUUGACAGUCGUCUAUUUCUUCUUCAUAUUUCGUUUAUUCUACGUCAAAGAAAAACAAAUUCUACUGAAUAAAAAAAUUUCUCGGGAUUAUUUCACUCAAGCCAAUUCUUUAACGGUCUGUGUAAUACUAAUGGUACUCUUGUUCUCCGUUGUACCUUGCUGCUUAUACCUUUACGAUAUGAUAGUCGGAAAGGUUUUCUUCAUGAAAUGGGGUCCUAUUAUUACAGUCGGGUAUCAUUUGUAUGGUAUUUUAAGCUUCUUCUUCUAUAACUGGAAACAUAGAGAUAUUCGAGCAGCGUUACAUAAAUGUUAUCCAGUUCGAUGGUGGUUCGAAUCCUGUAAUCCUGCAAAAUAUCAACAAACACCAUGCUUGAGCAAUCUGACAGAGAAAACGCUCGUUCGAAAAACGCUGGAGAGACGCCCGCCAGUUCCCACCGUAUCAACAUCGUCAGGUGAAGAAGAGUUCUUAUGA